UCCUCCUCCUCUUCUCAGCUUCUUUCUCCCCUCUGAUUUUUCUUGUCGGUUGUUCCCAAUUAUAAGCGUCUUGCGUUUAUCUCGCUGUUCUCCUUCCCUCAGCCGCUUCUCUCUCUUCAUCGAUCGCCAACGAGCUAGAACAAUUCUCUAUCAGACUGUUUACCCACCCCCGAUUCAACCUAAACCAUCUCCCCAAUUCCCAACUACAACACCCGUUUCGCAGAUAACAAUAUGCUCCCCCCACCAACACCGGAGACAUGACCUCGCGCGAAGACAACGUCCUCGCCGCCCGUGACCCGGCCCUCACCGACGAGAACGACUGGGAGGAGUUCAGCCUGUCCGAGGUCCGCGUCUUAGUACCAGGCAAAUCCCGCUAUGCCAAUUUGCUCACAGCUUCACCGGACAACCCUGUCCAGGUGACGGGGUGCUUGGAUGAAGUGGAGGAAGAACAGGAGUCCUUGGUGCUGGAUCCGGAAUAUCUCACCAAACGCAUUGUCCUCGACAAUGUCACGCACUACGCCUACGGCCAACAUAAUGACGGGGAAGUCGGGUUCUGGGUCGCGGGGCGGGCGGGGUGGUUCUCCAUCUCCCCGGCCAAAGGGUAUAAACCCAUGUUUAAUGAAGUGGUCGAGGCGAUCGAUCUACUGUAUUUUUUGGCGGACCGUCAUAAACGGAAGAGGGGGAGAGGGAGGUUCAAGGGUCCCACUGUCGAGUACCUGUGUGAGGAGUAUGUCAGCCACACGCAUGGGAUCUGCGAGGAUGCCGAUGAUUCUGCCGAGGUGUUCUACAAGCAUCAUAACUUCUUGCUGUCACGGAUGUUGAAAGGGGAGGAGAAUGUACAGUGGUGCACGACACCUAUUCUCGUCCACCUCAGCGAGAAGUUUCCGGAAGACUAUGAGCUGAUCAGGGCGCAAAUUGAAGGCGUGAAAGAGGUUGAAUCUGAUGAGGAAGAGGAGAGUACCCCCGGGAAGACCGAGGACGAAAAACUCCGGGUGGUUGAGUCGUCGGGGCUGACGAAAGCCGACGCAAACUCUAUUUACCAGGUAAUACUUGACCUCAAGGAAGAGGGAUACUUGGCGAAGCGCCUGUUAAACCUUGACCUCGUUGCAUCCACUCUGGUCAGUCGAUUCGAGAUCGAGGACGACGAAUAUGCGCACGGCCGGAUAACGUCGAGCGCGGAAAUCGUUCUCGAGCUGAUGGACGAGGCGAAAACUUAUUCAUUCGACUGGUCUAGGAAGGUGAUAUAUCGCGAGCUGAAGGCCGCUGCCAAGCAACAUGAUGGGGCGUCGCAGGAGGCGCUUACCCCUCUGCGUCCUCGUAUGCUGGAAAACGAGGCAUCUUCCCCCGAGGACAGCGAUCAAGAAGACCUUCCGCGCUUGCGCAGACGCCGAGUCCUCAAGUCCGUUUUACGACCCAAGAGUACGGUGGCCACGAAACGAACGGGCAAACGCACGCGUAAUGCGGCCGCAGACACGGACGAGGAGUCCGAUGCCAAUGCAGACGCUAUGGACGAUUUUGAGACGCCCAGCAAGGUGCGCGGGCACGAUCUCGUUCGCGAUCCACUGUCAACCCGCGCUAAGCGUAGGACGCGGUCAAUACUUUCUGACUCGGAGUCCGCAGCUCCUUCCGUGCAAAAGACAGCGCUCCAGGAGAUCCUGCAGAGUCGGAAUACAUCCGUGUCGGUGGCUGAUGCCGAAUCGCAUCACGAAGAACCAGAAGUAGAUGGUGCAAAUGGCGAGGACGUACAGUCGGAUAUCUGGACGUGCCCUGUCCGAGGCUGCGGCAAGAUCGUGUACAAGUGCAGUACGAAACGCGGCAAGCAGCUGAUCGAGGAUCAUUCGUUGGCUCACGCGGAUGAUGCGAAGGCGAAGCUUGAUCUGGUCUUUGCGGAACAGCGCCUCAAUAUCGGUCUUCCAGUCGAUAAUCUCCUCAACCGUAUCCGGGAAAUGGCAGGAGGUGACGGCGCCGGGCUGGCAGGUAUGGAAGGCGCGAUUAAUGGUGCUUUCGACGCGCUAGGAACUUGACUGGCAAGCAUAGAACGAUGAAUCAAGAUACCCACAUGAAUUGACGAUGACGAUGACGAUGACCAUGGGAAGUAUGGCUGGUAGUCCAGUCAGUGUCAUCAUGGCCAGUCGCCUAAGAAACUAUGAAAGGCUAGACAUGCAUUUACGGUGGAACUGCCGGUUUCUCGUGUGUCCCCGAGUGACACAGAACAACGACCUAUUUGAGGAUUUCAGCCUCGAUGGCGCAGAGUUCCCGUCCAUUUCCGGCGUGUCUGAAGACGCAGGGGAUGUGAGGCCCAGCAAGCCCGAGGCUGGAUUCAAUGGGUCCACGAGGAUAAUGGAUAGGUUGCUUCCAUAGUAUGACGAUAUGAUACCACAAUGAGAUACCAAGUUUUAGCACCUACACCUACACAUAAG